CAAUUCAUGAUUAACGUAACGUCAGGCUUACGAUCGAUCCCGGCCGCUUACGACCGCAUUUGACACAAUUUGACAUGAGGUUAAGUAAUUUGACAUGAGGUUAAAUAAUUUGAGAUUUGCGACUUGAAUUCACUGGGCAAGAAGAUACUGACGAAAUCUCAGAUCUGGCUGCAGUGCAACAAGUGUAAAUACACCACGCAUCAUGAUUCCUUUAUGAUGCAUCGCAUGAAAGAUCAUAACGAGGAAAGGGCAGCUGACGAACACAUCUUCGAGAGCUAGGAGGAAAGUAAAAGACAUAGUUACAACAAAGUGAAUGACUUGGAGAACAAGCAGAAUGAAACAGGAUGAUAAAGCGAUGGAGGUAACACUUUUGGAGCCGAUUCAGUCAGUUUUUCCUAUUACUCAAUUCACCCCACUACCACUGUUGGAUUUAUCAAAUUGUUAUCAAAUCAUCUAUAUGCUUCCGCUACAUUACCAGCGAUUAGGUGGUUCCACGUUGUCCCCAGAACAAAUGUAUGUUCUGCAGCCGAUUGACACGGCUAAUAUUGAAAACUUGAGGAAGAUGAUAAGAUUGGACUUGGAUCUUGAGCAGAAAAUGGAAGUGAAGAGCGAAAGUAGAAAAUGGAUAACCUUGAAAGAGGAUGGAAGUCUAGAACUGGUAGAGAUGCCUUGGAACGAGACAGAAGGAUCGAAUAUUGAUGACAUUACGCCAUACAUAUAUCAAGAUACUAAUUACUAUCAAGAAAAAUGAUUUUACCUAACAAUAUUGGUGACUGGGUGGAAUUUAUUCUGAUGCUAGAAAUAUGGAUGUUUUUCUUCGCCAAUAAAUAUACCGGCAAUUUAUAUUAAAGAAA